AAUUUUAAAUUGAAAUGUACUGAACUGUUCUUAUCUGUAUCUAUGUGUGCUGGUACUGUAAUUUUAAAUUGAAAUGGCAUGCAAAUUUGUUACUUGAAUUAUGUUGCAUACAUUUACUGUACUGUUACCAUACGUGCAUUGUACUAAUGUGGUUUUCGAUCUGCAGGUAUGGCUGAUCAAUAUGAUGGGCAGCUGAUAGACAAGGAGAUCGAUAGGAACCAUCGAUCGCGACGUCUUAGUACAGGAACUUUCUGCAAUGUGCUAAAGAUGCGAGGACCGGAUCAAUAUUGGCGUAUUGAUCCUCGUUGGGUUCCAAGGCUGAGAGCAGCUGGGUUGUUGACGUUUGCACGGUUGGUCGAGCCUUCACGUGCAAGGUCCGAACGAAUCCACAUUGACGCGGCGCUUCUGAGUGCUCUUGUGGAUAGAUGGAGGCCUGAGACCCACACUUUCCACCUCACAGUUGGAGAGAUGGUGCCCACUCUGCAGGAUGUGUCUUAUUUGUUGGGGCUGCCGAUAGCUGGGCCAGUAGUUGGCCCAACAAUGGUGAAUGCUGGAUGGGCGGAUGACCUUCUGGCCAGUUUUGGUGGUGUGCUGCCUGUUGCACUGGAGGAUCUCACAGAUGGGCAUGGGCCUACGAAAAGUUGGUUGAAUCAGUUUCGACAGGAUGUCUUCCCUGAUGACCAGGAGGAGUGGAUCGUGCAGCGGCACUUAGUCGCUUACCUGUUGUGGUUGUUUGGAUGGGUGAUGUUCACGGGAACUCACGCUGACUCCGUGGACAAGCACUUCAUCCACUUUGCGGAGCAGAUUGCAGAGUUACCUAUCGCGGAGAUUCCACAGUACAGUUGGGGGUCGGCAGUACUUGCGGCGACAUAUGCCGGACUGUGUGAUGCUUGCGUGAGGAACAGCAAGCAAAGUUCACUCCCUGGAUGCCCGUUGCUACUUAUGUUGUGGGCGCACGAGCGCUUCGACAUUGGGAGGCCUCAGCUUGACUCGUACGCAAACUACGGUUUGCGAGAGAUGUACAGGUCUGGUGUUGAUGACAUCAACGAUCGUCCCACUAUGGAAUCCUUGUGGACACACCGUGAGCCGCAGUGGGUUAGCGGGACGACACGUCGUGUCUACACUCAGUUUGUAGCUGACUUUGAUCAGCUUACGCCUGACCGUGUUCGGUGGACUCCCUACACUCAGCACGAUGUCAAUGAUCGUGCACCGCACGGUCUCGCGGAUCUUUGCACGCGAGAUAUGCAACUCUGGAUGACGACUUGUUACCUCGUGGUGGACGUGCACGUCGAGCCACACAAUGUCCACAGGGUUCUCAAACAGUUGGGCAUGUAUCAGGACUUCCCUCCGAGAGAUGGUCGUCCUUUGGCUGAUAGUCUUCAUAGGUACUCCAGAAAGGGGCUCGGGCUUUCCUACGAGCUAGUUAUUGUGACCACGGUUCAGCCGACGGUACAAGAGUGGGAGCACGCAGCUGAUAACUUGGCACUUCAGACACCUCCAGACGAUGGGAGUUAUUAUGGAGCUUACCUUCGUUGGUACCGCAGUGUUACACGAUGGAGGUGUUUUCCUCCACAAGGAGAUAGCACCGUCCCCCACCAGGCAGCGAUUACUGACACGUUUGCCCCUCAGCCUAGAUCAGCUUACAACUCAAUGGCGGAAUUUGUUGAGCACGUUCACGUGGAGUCCGACACCAUGCUGCAAAGACUAGAGGCGAGACCUCCGGUCGUCAGCAGAUGUGGUGCAGACGUCGGGCCGACGGCCAUCACCACCACUACCCCGACGUUCCAGCGUGGAUCGGAGUGGUCCAUCCUCUUCACGUCGCGGGUACGAAGCGGCCCACACAUCUCACGGUCGUCCUUCCUUUCAGCACACCCCAGCACCGGAGUACAUUAG